AUGACCGACCGUUUCGCUCGUACUGAUGGAUCAACAACGUAUGCUUGCAAGGCAGCAGAUGGUGUAUACUGUGGCGGCACGUGGCGAGGAAUGAUCAAUCAUCUGGACUACAUCCAGGGAAUGGGGUUCGAUGCUGUUAUGAUCUCCCCCAUCAUCAAGAACAUUGAAGGAAAGGCUCCAUAUGGCGAGGCCUAUCAUGGUUACUGGGCAGAGAAUAUGUACGCCCUCAACCCGCAUUUUGGCACUCGUCAAGACCUACUAGACUUGAGUAGAGCGCUUCACGAUCGAGGGAUGUUUUUCAUGAUGGAUACCGUCAUAAAUAAUAUGGCCUUCUUGACCAAUGGUGGCAACCCAGCAACUGAUGUCAACUAUACCUCUCUCAACCCAUUCAAUCGUCCAGACUUUUAUCACCCAUACUGCAAGAUCACUGACUGGAACGAUUAUCCGCUGGCCCAGAGAUGCUGGACAGGAGAUGACAUUGUUUCGCUUCCUGAUCUAAAGACAGAAGACGAGCGAGUCCAGAAUAUACUAGGGAUGUGGAUCCAGGAAAUGAUCACGACCUACUCAAUCGACGGAUUGCGGCUCGACGCAGCAAAACAUAUCACGCCAGAAUCUCUUCCCAAGUUUCAAGAGGCAGCCAACACGUUUAUCACAGGCGAGGUAUUCGAGAAGUCCGUCGACAUCGUCUGCAACUACCAAAAAGAUAUCAGCAGCGUCACCAACUAUCCCAUCUAUUUCGCCCUUCUGGAUGCCUUUACCCGUGGAAACACCGACAUUCUCCCAAACCAAGUAGAGAUCAUGAAGAACUCAUGUCCCAAUAUAACAUCCCUAACGAUAUUUUCCGAAAAUCAUGACAUCGCUCGCUUUGCAAGCAUGAAAGACGACAUCACUCUCGCCAAAAAUAUCCUCACAUUCACUCUCCUCUUUGACGGCAUCCCCAUAAUCUACCAAGGCCAAGAACAGCACUUCAACGGCGCCCGUGACCCCGAGAACCGCGAAGCCCUCUGGCUCUCCUCCUACAACACCUCCUCUCCACUCUACAAGCUGACGGCUACCCUCAACAAACUCCGCAAACACGCCAUUCAGAUCGACCCCGACUACUACAUCUCUACCCAAACCUAUCCCAUUUAUCGGGGCUCCUCAGAAAUGGCUUUCCGCAAGGGCCGCGAGGGCCGACACGUCGUGAUGGUCCUCUCAACACAAGGGAGUAACAGCGGAGCAUAUACAAUCCGCAUGAUGAACGGCUACCAGCCUUCAUAUGUGGUUAUGGAUGUGUUGAGUUGCCGCACGUGGACUGUUAAUGAUAUGGGAGAAUUAAGGCUCGACAUGGAUAAGGGUGAGCCGAGGGUUUUGUACCCCGAGGCCCUCAUGAAGGGAAGCGGGCUUUGUGGGUUUCAGGAGGCAAAGGUAAGUUAUUUGGAUUUUGUUAACAAGAGCUAUACGCCACCUUCGACGAAGGAUGAGGCGUCGACUGGUGCGUUGGGAACGCGGGUAGAUGGGGGUUCUUGGCUGGCAUUGGCUGCCUUGUUGUUAGGGCUGGUUGCUCUAGGCAUAUAG